UUAAAAAACUGAAAUAAGAAAUUGUUUUUUUCUAAUUAAUUAUAAUUUUUUCAAAUAUAUUGAAGAAAAUUUGAACAUACUUAUCAGAACACAUGUCCAACAAAUUUCACAAAUACAAGACCGCACAAAACAUACGGAGCUGGAAACGACGCAUUGCUCCGAGAUAUAUUAUUACGGAAUACACAACUACAAUAUAUGAUUGUAAUUACUGUCGGCGUUCUUGGUUAUUCUAGUAUUUGGAACAUUUUACAUCAAUUACGCAUUAUACAGCAUCAACGUAUUAGCCAAAGUUAGCACACAGUUUUUGAUUUAAAUAAGGACAUUGUGUCGGACAGUUGUGUAUGAACGUACAGUACAAUGAAGUGUCACUACGAAGUAUUGGGAAUUGCAAGAAAUGCCUCUGAUGAUGAUAUAAAAAAAGCAUAUAGGAAGUUAGCGUUGAAAUGGCAUCCAGAUAAAAAUCUGGAUAAUCAGGAUACAGCUAAAGAACAGUUUCAGCUUGUUCAGCAAGCAUGGGAGAUACUGAGCGAUCCCCAUGAGCGUACUUGGUAUGACAAUCAUCGAGAGGCUAUCUUAAAGGGUGGCAUUGGAGAGGAUUACAAGGAUGAAUCCAUCAAUCUCUUUCGAUAUUUCUCCGUUUCAUGUUUCAAGGGUUAUGGGGACGACCAGAAAGGUUUCUACACUGUUUAUCGGAAUGUGUUUGAAAAAUUGGCAGCAGAAGAUGCGGAGUUUGCCGAAGACAGUGAUUCUGAUGAAGAAAUUCCCGGUUUUGGCGACUCUCAGAGCUCUUACGAGGAAGUGGUGCAUAAGUUCUAUUCUUAUUGGCAGAGUUACAGCACCAAGAAAUCCUAUGCUUGGCUGGAUCCUUAUGACGUACGCAAGGUGGCAAGUCGACGCAUAUUUAGGCUCGCUGAGAAGGAGAACAAGAAGGUGCGUGAUAAAGCGAGGCGCGAGAGAAACGAGCAAGUGCGCAACCUCGUCGCCUUCGUUCGCAAACGCGACAAGCGCGUGCAGGCUUACGCGGGAAAACUGGCCGAACGUGCUCGGGAGAAUUUCCGUAAGGCGGAAGAGCGCAGAAAGGCACACUUGCUGGAAAGACAGAAACUGUUGCACAAUCAUACUGAGUCGGAGUGGUCGAAAUUUUCAAACAUUGAAGCGGAAUUGAAGAACAUUGAGGCGAACCUAACGGCGGAAUUCGGGAUAGACGACAAGGACGAUAACAGAAAUCUCUACUGCAUCGCCUGCAAUAAAAUCUUCAAGACGCAAAAGGCUUUCAUGAAUCACGAAAAGUCGAAGAGACACCAGGAGAAGGCCAGUGCGCUCAGACUCGAUAUGUUGGAGGGAGAUGAGGAUCGCGAUAGCUCUCGAGAAAGCACGGAAGACUCGAGCGCGGAAUCAGCUUCGCUAAAUGGACCUAAGUUAGCAACAGACUCGCAGAUGCCUGAUUUCUUGCUGAAUCCUGUUGCUUCUUCCCAGAGCAACGAGCCCGUCAACGAAGAUGCCUCUCCUGCCGAACUGAUAUCAGACGACGAGGAAAAUUCCGUACAUCCUCGACUGGCAAGCGAGAAAAACAAGGUGAAUAAUGUAGAUGUUCCGUUAGUCACAGGACCAGAGAUGGAAAGUACUUCGUACUCAUCUAAAAUAGAAAAUGAGACUGAGGACAUAACGUCUGAAGAUGAAUUAAUAUCUGAUCAGGAAGAAGACAUUGCAUUGGCUCGUCAGAAGAAAAAGAAAAAGAAGAAAAAGCGAAAUGUUCAGAAUCCGAAUCCUAUGCUAGAUCGUGCUAGUGGCGACGACACGGAGAGCAUUAACGAAGAGAUGUGGCUGUCGAAGAAGCAGCGCAAGAAGUUACAACAAAGGAAAGUAACGAUAACUAAACAGUUUCGAGAUAACGAAGAGACGCAGAAAGAAGAGAAACAAGAGGCCGAGAGCGAAAGCGAAAUGACGGAAGAAGCAAAUAUUGCUGGCGGAAUAUCGAAAGUCGAUAAAGCAAAGAAGCGGUGCAAGAGAGAGGAACGCAAGGAAAGAGAGGAAAGCAAGAGAAAGGAAAGGGAUCCAGCCUUUGAUCCAGAAGUUGAUGAUGUAUCUCAUCGCUGCGUUUCUUGCUCAUCAGAAUUCCCUAGUAAAAACAAAUUAUUCGAACAUUUAAAGAAAACCGGACAUUCGGUAUACAUACCGGAAUUAACGAAACAUAAAAAGACUCAGGAAAAAAAGGAAAGGACGACUGCCAAAGGAAAAGACGGCUCAGACAAAAAGAAACGUUAAAGCUGAUUUAGUCAAAUUCUAACUUAAUUACUACCUUUAAAUCUGUAGCUUAAUUUACUGUGAUCGAAAGGACUUUUAUGAGAAUGAUAAUGUAAUCGCAUCAUACGUAAUGUACGAACAUGGUACGAACCGUAUUUUUGUAUAUAUUUUAUAUACAUAAUCUUAUUGUAUGUGUAUUAUUAUUAAAAUAAUUUGAAUUGUUUCGUAAUGGCCAGUCAUUAGUUCUUUUGUGACAAUUAUAUUUGAUUAGAACUGAAGAUUAGCAACUCAACAUUAUGUUGUAAUAGAAACAAUGAGAAUUAAAAUUAUCUGCAUCACAGACGUGCAAGCAGUUUUGUAAACUAUUAUGUCUAUAAUGUGUAAUAAACAUAAUGCAUAUUA